AUGCUAUCGGCUAUUGGUGUGGGCCAUCGCCUACGAUCAAUAGUUCUUACCAUUCUACUACUUGUACUCGGUGCAAUUGUUCUUUUGAGCCAGAGACAAUCAGAGCCUCAUGUAGAGUACGGACACAUAGACUUAGUUAGGGCUCGAAAAUCGUUUACGAACCCAAUCUAUCAAAAGUGGGCGUCAUCGGACCGCCUGAGCAAGACUAUUCUGGAAAAUUGUGUUCUGUACUUCAAUGAAUUUCAGUCCAGCAAAUCGAACAUUCCAACCUUCCAAGAUCUUCUAUCCCACAGGUUCAAUCCACUCAUCUUCAAGAAGGCCAAGUGGAUAGCUGAGGAGAAAAAGCAUUACCGACGUGUUCUCCGAGAUAAGGGCAUUCAACUCGAUGAAUCACACAUGCAAGUGUUGAACAAUCGAUUCAAUGAAGAAACAAAUCGUCUCAGUCAAUUUGAGCAGGCUUUUGCAGAAAAUUCAGCUUCACUCCGACUCUUUGGGAAGUGCUACUUGACAGAAAACACAAACCUUGAUGAUAGAUCGUGUACACAUAUCACUUCCAGGCUUCUCCCUGCGUUUUCUGGAAAGCUUCCCUCGAUUGAAUCCUGGGAAAGUAAUGUUGUCAAGGAAGACGUAGCGAAACAGUGCGUUGUGAAAAUCAUUAAGAACAAAAUGAAAGGAAAAGGUAUAGUGAUCCCUCUUCUACCAAGUGAGGAUGCUGGUAAAGAGACGCAGCUAGUUGCACGGUUGAUUCAUGUAUUACGAGCUUUACAUAAUUCUCUCCCUAUUGAAAUUAUCUACGUUGAGAAAGGGGAGAUCAGUAAGGGGAGAAAAGAUUUGCUUAUCAAUGCAGCCAGAUCACUCACGUUGAAAAUGCCGAGCUCAUUGAAGAAAUACUUGGAGGCUUAUGAUUACCCCCAGACCUUGGAGCUUCCGCAACAGGAUAUCCGAUUUAUCAACUUGCGACCAGCAAUUUCAAAGAAUGUACCUCUCACAGACUCUCUCGCAUGGGUGCUCUCAACAUUGUUUAAUUCUUUCGAGGAAAUGAUCUUGCUUUCCCCGCAUACAAUCCCGCUUCUAGAGAAUCUAGAACUGUUGUUUAAUAAUGUGGACUACAAAAAGUCGGGUACAUUUUUCUUCAAACAUCGCUCCCUGUUGACGUACAAACCUUACAAGUUUCCCAAUGGGUUCUUUGAGGUAAACAGCUUGGUCAAUGACUAUGGUGGGCCCCAAGUAAGUGACCUCAAGUACUUUCAGUUACCUAAGCCUAACCAAUUAACUACUGAUUGGAUCCGUGAGUUUGGCUUCACAAAAUUGUUAGACCCGUCAAUGGUUGUAAUCAACAAGAAGAAAGCACUCCCUGGCCUAAUUCUUGCCAGUACGUUGCCUUUCUAUAAUUUUUUGCAACCUAAGUACGAUUUCUCAAAGGACCUCAACCCUGAGAUUUUGUGGUUAGGAAUUGAAAUGGCGGCUGGAAACGUCCAUUUCAAUAAAAAUUCUGCGGCAAUUGCAGGAGUGCUCACCCCUCCAGAAAACACACCAGCUGGUCGCAUGUCUAGGGAGUUGUGUUCAAGUUCCUGGGCUCAGAUUUAUGAAGAAAAUGAUUUCUCAAUGGUUUAUGUAACAUCGCAUCAGCUUGAAAACAGAGUCCUUCCUGACUUUGCAGCAGCGGUUUAUGAAAAACUAACACCAAAUCUAAAAAAGGAACCAUCUCAAAAGAAUAAGGAAAGCAACACAGAGGAGGGCCGUUCAUUUGAUGACCCAUUAGUGCUGCAGACUGUGAAACGAAACCUUCUUUAUAUCGAGACAGCGCUCCAACCUGUUGCAAUAGAGAAGCCAGAAGUCAAGGAUAACGAUGAACCUAGUUCUCCGUGGUCGCACUUCGAGGGAUUUGGAUCCUCUGAUGAUUACUGGUGUGCCUACGAUAUUGUUGGAAGCAUAGAUCUGACUAAUAGAGGGCUCCUCAUCAACUACAAUGAUAAAAUUGUGAGUAGGCAUUUGUUUUUAUUGGAUGUAUGGCAACAAACUCCGCAAUUGUAUCAUCGUCAGGCUGCUGCAGGAUAA